AUGGCGCUCUUCUGCAUGCCGUUCACCUUCACGGAGGUCAUGCUGCAAGACUGGGUCUUCGGGGACAUGAUGUGCCCGCUGGUCAGAUUCACACAGGUCCUGUCCGUAUCGGUCAGCAUCUACAUCCUGCUGGCUAUCGGGAUAGACAGAUACUACGCAGUCGUCCAUCCGCUGAAGAUACGGGUGACACGCUCCCGGGCUAAGAUGGUGGUGGUGGUGAUUUGGAUCGUGUCCACGGCCCUGGCGUCCGUACAGCUCGUCGUGUCCAGAACCUAUGAUUUCUUCUGGGACGGGAUUGUCUACGACAGAUGCGACGAGAUCAUGUGGCCGACACCCAAGUGGCAAUUGGUGUACACGCUGUCCCUGCUCGGCGUGACCUACGUCAUCCCGCUUAUCCUGCUGUGCGGGGCUUACAUCGGCAUCGGGCUGAAGAUGUGGGGCAGGCGGGCCCCGGGCAACUCCAACCGCCGAUGGGACCAGCAACACGAGCGAGACCAAGAAAAAGACUUGGUUUUGUUCUACAUCAGUCUUGUCUUAUCGCUGUUGUCAGGGGCUCGUGGUAUUAAAGGUGAGGAGUAG